AAGCAAACUGUUUGAUGAACUUGUUUAUAUGAUUUUUUCUUGGAGACCAUAGUUACAAUUAAUAUUGAACACACAGUAGGGAAUUUAUGGAUAGUCCCAGUUCAGCAAACCGGCAACGAAGAAAUGGGUGCAGAAUAGUGCUGUUUCCACUGCCAUUCCAGGGGCACAUUAAUCCCAUGAUUCAGCUUGCUAAAAUCCUUCACUCCAGAGGAUUCAGCAUCUCUAUCUUUCACACUCGAUACAACUUUCCAGAUCCAUCCAACUACCCUCACUUCACUUUCCACCUGCUCUCAGACGGCUUAUCAGAGCUCGAAGCUUCCACACUGGACACUCUACGGCUCGUUAAACUCCUUAUCGCCAACUGCGUGGAGCCAUUCGAGCAGUGUUUGGCUCAGAUAUUGUCGCCCGACGAUUUAAUUUGUCGAGUCGUGUGCGUGGUUAGCGAUGCUAUGUGGUAUUUCACACAAGCUGCUGCCGACAAAUUCAAGAUUCCAAGAAUUGUGCUACGGACUAGCAGUGUUUGUUCCUUUUUAGCUUUCUGUGCUCUUCCACUUUUACGAGAAAGAUACCUCAGUUACAUGGAUUCCAAAAUGGAGGCUGCAGUACUGGAGCUUCCACCCAUCAAAGUAAAGGAUAUUCCACGACUUGAAACUCACGACGGGGAGGACAUGUAUCGGGCCAUAGAAAACAUGGUAAGAGAAACGAAGAAAGCUUCAGGUCUUGUCUUCAACACAUUUCAAGAACUUGAAGAGCCCGAGCUGGCUAAACUUCAGGAGCAGUUUCUGAUGCCAACGUUUACAAUCGGCCCGUUUCACAAACGUUUUUCAGCAGCCUCAACCAGUUUGUUCACACAAGACAGAAGCUCUAUUUCCUGGCUCGAUGCACAAGCUCCAGGCUCUGUUCUCUACGUGAGUUUCGGGAGCAUUGCAGCAAUGGAUCAACAAAAAAUGAAUGAAAUGGCAUGGGGAUUAGCGGACAGCAUGCAGCCAUUCCUGUGGGUGGUCCGGCCUGGAUUAGUCCGUGACUCAGAAUGGCUAGCAAUGCUGCCAGAUGAGUUCUUGGAGGCAACUCAUGACAGGGGAUAUAUUGUGAAAUGGGCUCCUCAACAAGAAGUUCUGUCUCAUCCUGCCGUUGGUGGAUUUUGGACUCACAGUGGAUGGAACUCGACUCUGGAGAGUAUUUGUGAAGGAGUUCCAAUGAUUUGUUCACCUUUCUUUGGUGAUCAGAUGGUGAACUCCAGAUACGUUAAUGAUAUCUGGAGAAUCGGGAUCAGGUUGGAGAAAGGGCUGGAAAGAGGAGAAAUCAGGGAUGCAGUUAGAAGACUCAUGGUGGAAAGAGAUGGGGAAGAAAUGAGGCAGAGAGUUAUGUGCCUGAAGGAGAAAGCUGGAUUUUGUUUAAACUCAGGUGGCUCUUCCUACGAAGCACUUGAUGCCUUAGUUGAUUUUAUUUCAUCAUUCACAUUUCCUGCUUAGAGGGGUAACCUCUUUUUAAAAUAUGUUAUAAGAUAUUUGAAAGUUUAUAAUAUACUACAAAGUAUUUGAUAAU